CAUGUUUUCAAACUAGUGGGUGAAGCCAAAAUGGACUCUAGUGCUCUGCUGCGUACAGUCACUGUCUGUGAAACCCCAUGUGAGCAAUAUAUCAGAUCUCCCCUCCACCAUCCAAGAAGCACCCACUAAUCUUUUUCUCUUUUACUUCUUUUUCAAAGCCAACUUAAACACGUACAAAAAUAAAAUGUUACCAUAGAACAUCCUCUGUUCCAGAACUCUCUAAUUCUGUCUAUAAUGUUCAAGAAACUCAAAGUUUUCUUGUUUUUUCUUCUUUUUCUUUUAAACCCAGUUUUUUCUCAGCUAAAUGAGCUCUUCUUUAAUGGCUUCAGUGAUGCCAAGAACAACAUGAGCUUAUAUGAUGGAGCAGAAAUUGAAGACAAUGGCAUACUUCAUUUAACAAACAAUACUCAACGCUUAAAAGGCCAUGCCUUUUACUCCAAUCAAAUCCAGUUCAAGAAUUCAAGUAAUGGCAAAGCUUUCUCCUUUUCCACCGCCUUUGCUUUUGCUAUAGUUCCUGGAUACCCACGGCUUGGUGGCCAUGGCUUUGCUUUCACUAUCUCUCCUUCGAAGGACUUGUCAGGUAGUCUUCCAAGUCAGUACCUUGGCUUACUCAAUGCAAGUGAUAUGGGUAAUUUCUCCAAUCACAUUUUUGCAGUUGAAUUUGAUACGGUUAGGGAUUUUGAAUUUGGUGAUAUAAAUGAUAACCAUGUGGGUAUUGAUAUAAAUAGCUUGGAAUCAAAUAAAUCUGCUCCUGCUGCGUAUUUUCUCGAUAAUUCUACAAAGAUUAAUUUAAAUCUACAGAUGGGAACGGUUAUUCAAUCUUGGGUUGAUUAUGAUUCUUCCAAGAAUCUUGUAGAGGUUAGGCUUUCACCUUUUUCAAUAAAACCCAGAUCUCCCAUCUUGUCUUUUGAAGUAGAUCUCUCCCCUUAUCUCAAAGAGUAUAUGUUUGUUGGAUUCUCUUCAUCAACUGGUCUGCUAGCAAGCACACACUAUAUUCUUGGAUGGAGUUUUACUAUAAAUGGAAUUGCUCAGUCUUUAUCUUUAGCUUCUCUUCCUUCUCUUCCUGGGCCUAAAAAGGAUCAUACAGUCCUGAUUGUUGCUGUCACAGCUUCUGCUGUUGUGUUUAUAAUCUUAGUUAUUGGUAUAUCUAUUUACCUAAUUAGGAAACUCAAGAACGCAGAUUUUAUAGAAGAAUGGGAGUUUGAUGUUGGUCCUCAUAGAUUUACUUAUCAGGAACUCAAAAAAGCAACCAGGGGUUUUAGAGACAGAGAGCUUUUGGGGUUUGGUGGAUUUGGGAAAGUUUAUAAAGGAACUUUACCAAAUUCUAAUACUGAAGUUGCGGUUAAGAGAAUUUCUCAUGAAUCUAAGCAAGGUGUGAAAGAAUUUGUAUCUGAGAUUGCUAGUAUUGGCCGUCUUAGACACAGAAACUUAGUCCAAUUGAUUGGUUGGUGUCGCCGACGAGGUGAUUUGCUACUUGUCUAUGAUUUUAUGCCUAAUGGAAGCUUAGACAAGUACUUGUUUGAUGAACCUAAAAGAAUUCUCAAUUGGAAACAAAGAUUCAAUAUCAUCAAAGGUGUUGCUUCUGGCCUUCUGUAUUUGCAUGAAGGAUGGGAACAGACUGUGAUUCAUAGAGACAUAAAAGCAGGCAAUGUUUUGUUAGAUGCUGAACUAAAUGGAAGACUUAGUGAUUUUGGACUUGCAAAAUUAUACGAUCGGGGUAGUAAUCCUAGCACCACAAGAGUGGUAGGCACAUUGGGUUAUUUAGCACCUGAACUAACAAGAACAGGCAAGCCUACUACUAGUUCAGAUGUUUUUGCCUUUGGUGCACUAUUGCUUGAAGCAGUUUGUGGAAGGAGGCCUAUUGAGCCUAAAGCAUUGCCAGAGGAGCUUAUUUUGGUGGAUUGGGUAUGGGAUAAGUGGAGAAGUGGUGCAAUUCUUGAUGUAGUUGAUUCAAGAUUAAAUGGCGAGUUUGAUGAUCUCGAGGCUAUUGUUGUGUUGAAAUUAGGGUUAAUAUGUUCUAAUAGUUCACCCGAAAAGAGGCCCACGAUGAGGCAAGUCGUGAGCUAUUUGGAAGGAGAAGCGUCAUUGCCCCAGACAGUUGCGGCCCCAGAUGAAUAUGAUGGUAAAAAGGGUGAUGGUGGUAGUGGUAGCAUGGAAUUUGAGGAUUUUGUGCACUCGUAUCCAUUGUCAUCAAAUUUUGAGAAAGGUAGUACAUGGUCUUCUGGAGGUGAUUUUGGGGAUAUUGAUGUUGAAGCUAGUUCGGCUUCACCUCUUUCACAUUCUGGUAGAGAAGGUAGGUAGUUAUGGUAAAGAGAGCUAAUUACAAUUUUUUUUUUUUUUCCAGUAUCAAGAUUUUUCUGUACACAUAUGAUGACUAUAUAUCUCUUUCUUUUUUCUUAAAUGUAAAUUAAUUGAUUGAUAUUCCAUUCUGGGUUGUAAAUUUCCACGUAGAUAUUGCUAUUUUUGAAUCUGUCACAAUAUUUCAAGAUAUGGGUUUGGAAUAGAGAAAGGAGUUUCACAUUA